CGAACCCACGUCUCUUAUGUCUCCUGCGUUGGCAGGCGGGUUCUUUACCACUAGUGCCACCUGGGAAACUUCCCACUGUUGGGUCAGGGAAACUGAGAGAAGUGAGGUGCCCCUGGCCCAGAAGUAGGGGAGGCAGGUGCCCGGCUGUCUGACCGGGAAACAGUGUGCCUCCCAUUCUGAGCCCUCAGUCCCAUUUGUAAGUGGGGGGUCAUGGGCCCCCUUUCCCAGUGCUGUGAAGGAACUGUAUCUUGGCGGGGGGCUGGGGGGGCUCCUAGGGAGAUGCUGGGGCUGCUGGUGGUGGACAGGGCUGGUGUAUGGACCCCUAGCAGCAGCUGAUGUGAAGCUUGCUCCCAGCUCACCCCCAGCCGACCAUCCUUAUGUGGGGAGAGGAGGUGGAGACCCGGGAAAGGGCAAGGGCAAGUUCAUGGAGUCGCUCAGGGGAGUGAGGGGUACAGGCGGGGUGGGCCGGGGGCCAGGAAGCCCUUGGCUGUCUCCAGCUGUGGGGGACGCGCUCCCCUCCUCGCUUUCGCAGCAAACUCCUCUUUUCCUGGGGGUGGUCAGAGGGGCCCGGACACCUGCCUCUGAGCGCAGGCUGCUCCCCCAUCGGUGGAACGAGGCUGCUCAGAACUGUCUCCCCGCGUUCCCCAGACCCGGGGGUGUGAGCUGUCUCGGCCGGGGCCUGGACCAGGUCACCCCAGGAGGGCCCCUCAGGAAGAAGCUGGGGCUGUGGCUUUGGGUGGGGCCGGUGGCCUCUUCUGGGAGCCCGGCAUCUGGAAGCCAUCAGGCCAGGGGCGGGGGAGUUGCAGGAGAGGGCCGGGGAGGGGAGCCUGCCUCUUCCAGGCCACACACAGGCCCACCCCUCGGGAGCAGUGGCGUUGGGCCCACAGCCCCGCUGCUGGCUCUGUCUCCCGCCAACGCCUCUCAGCCUGCAGUCUCGUCCCCUUCCCCUGGCUGCCUCUCCUGCGAGAUGCGAUCACAUAAUACGCAAUAACAUCGCCUGCUGCGAGCUGGGAGCCUCGCUUCUCUGGCCCAGGCUUGGCCAACAUUCCACUGACCCCUGAGACUCAGCGGGACCAGGAACGGCGGAUUCGGCGGGAGAUUGCCAACAGCAACGAGCGGAGGCGCAUGCAGAGCAUCAACGCGGGCUUCCAGUCCCUCAAGACCCUCAUCCCCCACACAGAUGGAGAGAAGCUCAGCAAGGCAGCCAUUCUCCAGCAGACGGCAGAGUACAUCUUCUCCCUGGAGCAGGAGAAGACCCGGCUCCUGCAGCAGAACACGCAGCUCAAGCGCUUUAUCCAGGAGCUGAGCGGCUCGUCCCCCAAGCGGCGGCGGGCAGAGGACAAAGACGAGGGCAUCGGCUCACCCGACAUCUGGGAGGACGAGAAGGCGGAGGAUCUGCGGCGGGAGAUGAUCGAGCUGCGGCAGCAACUGGACAAGGAGCGCUCGGUGCGCAUGAUGCUGGAGGAGCAGGUCCGCUCCCUGGAGGCCCACAUGUACCCGGAAAAGCUCAAGGUGAUCGCACAACAGGUGCAGCUGCAGCAGCAGCAGGAGCAGGUCCGGCUGCUGCACCAGGAGAAGCUGGAGCGGGAACAGCAGCACCUGCGGACCCAGCUCCUGCCCACUCCGGCCCCCACCCACCACCCCACGGUGAUAGUGCCGGCGCCGGCACCCCCUCCCUCCCACCACAUCAACGUCGUCACCAUGGGCCCCUCCUCGGUCAUCAACUCUGUUUCAACGUCCCGGCAAAAUCUGGACACCAUCGUGCAGGCGAUCCAGCACAUCGAGGGCACCCAGGGCCAGGAGGAGGAGCAGCGGCGAGCCGUCAUCGUGAAGCCCGUCCGCGGCUGCCCCGAGGCCCAUGCCUCGGACACCGCCUCUGAUUCGGAGGCCUCAGACAGUGACGCCAUGGACCAGGGCCGGGAGGAGCCAGCAGGGAACGGGGGGCUUCCCUGACCAGCCCCCCAGCCCUCCUCUCCCUUCUGGGGGCUGGAGGGGGCGGGGCAGCAACUGGGAGAGAGACGAGGGUGAACGAGUGAGAAAUUUUUACAAAAUUUACGGCGUCAUUUGGGUCUCUUUUAUGACCUCUUUUUUCAAUACUGUAAAUCGUCCUUUGAGUGAAGCCGCCCUACCCGAGGUCGGGGCUGGGGCGGCAGGAGCGCCUGGCAGCACCCGGGCACCUGGGGCUGGGCCUCGGCCCCGGAGGCUGGGGAAGCAGACGUGGAGGUGCCUGGCCUCUCUCCACCAAAAAAGCAUUUUUUUCAAUGAAACAUGUUUUUAAGAACAGGGAAAAAAAUCAAACAAAACCCCAAGGUAUUUUUGCCCUCUCCAGAGCCAGCCUGCCGACCGUCAGUUUUUAAUUCCCCCUUCCCUCCUCUUUUUUGGUGUUCUUUCUCCUUUAAGCACUUACAUGGGUUGGGGGUCUGGCUGGGUCGGGGCUCUGGGGGUCCGGGGGUCUCCAUUGCUUCUCGGUUGGGGUUUGCUGCUGCCCUUCUCCCCUCCCCUCCCUCACCACCCAGCCCCCCACCUCUCCCUCCGGGUUUCCCAUCUUGCACCCCAAAAAAGUCUUUGUCUCUCUCUUUGUUGUGUUUGUUGUUGGUUCUUUUUUGGUUUUGGUUUUUUUUGUUUUUGUUUUUUUACAAUUUUGAGGUCUUUAUGUUCAAGGAGAAGCUAUUAUAUUUUGUUAACAAAGUGUGGGGGGGGGAAACCAAGAGGCCACUGUGCCUUUAUAAAGAAACAAAAUAAAGUUUGUACUUUGUUUUUUAGA